CCGGAAGUCAAAACAGCGGUAGCAGCAUUACCUCGGUGUAUGCUAGCUGUUAGCUAGAAGACAAUGGUGGUUGUGUCUCGGGUAAAUAUUCAAGUAGUUGACGGAGCAGUGAUGUCUUCGGUUCAGUGCUUGAGAGGAUUCAUCAGUGAGCGACUAACCGCUGCUGCCGAAGAAAUAUUCACAGUGUUUGAAAAAACCAUCAUCAAGUACGAAGAAGAGGUCGCUCGCCAGCGCAGACUGCUUGACGUCGUUUUGAAGCCUGAAAUAAGGCUUCACCGGAUCGAGUUCCCUCAACAGAAUGCCUGUAAUGAGGAGGAGGUUCUUACUGACCAGCAGCUCUGUAACCAGGAGAGGAACUCCAGUCUGGGGCAAGAGAACCCAGAACCAAUUAAAAUUAAAGGGGAACAGGAGGAAAUGUGCAUCAGUCCGGAGGAAGAGCAGCUCGUACUGAAGCAGGAGACUGAUACCUUCAUUCUGACUCCUGAUUCUGUGGAAAGUGAUCCCAGAGAACCAGAAUCAGAGGGUGAGCACCAGCUCCUCUCUCACAACUCUACUGUAGCUGAGAGUCAAGAUCAGAACAGAAGAAAACAUGUGGAAUCAGGAUCAACUAGCAAUGAAGAACCAAAGCCACAGAAGAGUCCUCAUGAAAACAGGAGUCAAAGUAAAAAUGUUUACAUAUCAGAGAUUACCGCUGAUACUCAGAGUAGUGGAAAUUCAUUCAAAUGUGACAAAGGUGAAGGUUUUAUGUAUAAACAUCAAAUGAAAAUACAUCUGAGAAACUACACGGGUGAGAAACCUUAUUUAUGCAAAAUAUGUCAGAAACGUUUUAUUGGGAAGGUCUACUUCAACGUCCACAUGAGGAGUCACGCAGAGCUCCCACAGCAGCAUGCCUGUAAUGAGGAGGAGGCUCUCACUGACCAGCAGCUCUUUAACCAGGAGAGGAACUCCAGUCUAGACCAAGAGAACCCAGAGCCACGACAAAUUAAAGGGGAACAGGAGGAAAUGUGCAUCAGUCCGGAAGAAGAGCAGCUCGUACUGAAGCAUGAGACUGAUACCUUUAUGUUGACUCCUGAUUAUGAAGAAAGUGAUCCCAGAGAACCAGAAUCAGAGGGUGAGCACCAGCUCCUCUUUCACAACUCUACUGUAGUUGAGAGUCAAGAUCAGAACAGAAGAAAACAUGUGGUAUCAGGAUCAACUAGAAAUGAAGAACCAAACCCACAGAAGAGUCUUCAUGAAAACAGGAGUCACAGUAAAAAUGUUUACAUAUCAGAGAUUACCGCUGAUACUCAUAGUAGUGGAAAUUCUUUCAAAUGUGACAAAGGUGAAGUUAUUAUGUACAAACAUCAAAUGAAAAUACAUCUGAGAAACUACACAGGUGAGAAACCUUAUUUAUGCAAAAUAUGUCAGAAAAGUUUUAUUGGGAUGGUCUACUUCAACGUCCACAUGAGGAGUCACGAAGGUGAGAAGCCAUAUUCUUGCAAAACAUGUGGAAAACGUUUUUCAAACUGUGGGCAUUUGAAAAUCCACACGAGAAUUCACACAGGCGAGAAGACAUUUACUUGUCAAACAUGUGCAAAACGUUUUAGAACCUGUGGGCAUUUGAAAGUCCACAUGAGAAUUCACUCAGAUGAGAAGCCAUUUACUUGCCAAACAUGUUCAAAAAGUUUUAAAACCUGUGGGCAUUUGAAUGCCCACAUGAGAAUUCACUCAGAUGAGAGGCCAUAUUCUUGCCAAACAUGUCAGAAAAGUUUUGUAACUAAUAGUACAUUGAAAAGACACAUGAAGAUGCACACAGGUGAGAAGCCAUUUCAUUGCCAAAUAUGUGGGAAUGGUUUUGGACGUAGGAGUGAUUUGAAAGUCCACAUGAGAAUUCACACAGGUGAGAGGCCAUAUUCUUGUCAAACAUGUGGGAAAACCUAUAAACGUAAGAGUGAUUUGAAAGUCCACAUGAGAACUCACACUGGUGAGAGGCCAUAUUCUUGCAAAGCAUGUGGGAAAGGUUUUGGUCAAGGGGGCCAUUUGGCAGCACACAUGAGGAGACACACAGAUGAGGAGCCAUUUUCUUGUAAAACUUGUGGGAAAUGUUUUGGACGUAGUUGUGAUUUGAAAGUCCACAUGAGAAUACACAGUGGUGAGAGGCCGUAUUCUUGCCAAACAUGUGGGAAAACCUUUGCGCGUAAUAGUGACUUGAAAAAGCAUGUGAGAACUCACACUUAUGAGAGGCCAUAUUCUUGCAAAACAUGUGGGAAAGAUUUUGGUCAACGCAGGCAUUUGGCUGCACACAUGAGGAGACACAAAGAGCCUUAUUCUUGCCGUACAUGUCAGACAAGUUUUGGAGAAAGAAGUCAAUUGAACGACCACAUGAAAACUCACACAGAUGAGGAGCCUGCAACACUUGAUAAAAGCUUCUCUUAAUUUACAACCAUGAAAAGGCAUUUCAGGUUUAAUUGUAUAUUAACAAAAUGAGGCUUUAUAUAAAUUUAGUGUUGUUGAAGAUGAUAAAUUAUCUUGUAAUGCAUGGUCAUCCUGCAACUACAGUCUGCAGGGGAGAUACAAACUCAUGUGGUAGAUCUUCUAUGUAGCUUAAUGAAAUGUACCAUAUUAAUAAACUUGUAUUUGAAUAAC